CGGCAGUCUCCUUUUCAAAAAUGUCGCGUGAACGUUUCUGCAGAAGCUUUGCCAAGGCAGGUCCGAUGUUACCCUGGCAAAGAGGGCGACGAGAAGCUGGGAUCUUUCGCUCGUUGUGAACCGACUAUCUAAAUCGUUUCUGCUUAACGCUUCUGAUGUUUACUCAUUUCCCUCCACUGUUUGACAACCCCGUUCUUCGAUGUGAAAUGCUCUUAUCAGUUGGGUCUCGCGACCUCUAAGAACUUGUUGCUUUUCCCCUCCUGGUGGUCUGUACCACAAAACGCGCAGUUCCAACCGGAGUGCGCCUUGCAAGGCUCUUGCUCUCGCUUCCUGAACCAACAGAAAGAAUUACCGAUCUGGUUUAGAACUCAGCGUUGCCUCAGAUUCUUUGCCGGGGUGAACAUGUGGGACACAACUGAAGACUUUGACACGGAAGAGGAGACUGGAGAGGUGGACGAUGAACUCGCUGUGAACCAGCUGGUGUCAAAGCUGUCCUCGUUUCUCUCCUCCGUCGAACGGAGACAGCAAGUUGAAAGUGGACUCGCAGAAAGGAGGCGAAAGGAGAUUCGGGGACUUCAGGGCGUCCAAAACUCUGCUGGGAAUGUGCUCCACUCAUACCAGGAAGAUGGGGUUCUCUGGCUCAUUGACCAUUACCUCAAUGGUGUCGGCGCAAUUGUCGCCGACGAAAUGGGCCUGGGUAAAACUCUGCAGAGCCUCGCGUUUGUCUGCUGGCUGAACGAAGUUCGGAAGGCAGGGCGUCCUUCCCUCGUCGUCUGUCCCCUCUCUGUUGUCAGCAGCUGGGAAGCCCAGUUGCGCGAUUUCAUUGCCACUGCACCAGCUUAUAUUCGGAUCGGCGAAGAAGGGACAGAGCAGCACAGAUGGCGACCGAGUCAACUGAGAACUCUCACCUACGUCGGCUCUGCAGAGGAGAGACACAGACUUCGAGAGAAAAUCGCUGACUUCAUGAUUCACCAGAGCCCCCAGGCUGCCGUCGGCCGGAACCAGGCGGCGCCGUUCGACCUACUUCUUACCACCUACGAAACGCUGAUGUGCGACAUUCCCUUCUUCUCCAUGUUUGAGUGGGAAUGCAUUUUCUUCGACGAGGCCAGCCGGCUUAAGUCAAAGACCAGCAAACGAAGAAACGUUUUUCUCCACCGGCUCAGGCGCCAGCACGUCGUUAUGAUGACCGGGACGCCGGUCGAGAAUAAUCUCGAGGAGCUCUGGUCUCUCCUGCACUUUGUUCAGCCCAGCGUCUUCACCAGUUCAGCGGCCCUCGUCAGUGCCUUUUGCUCGCUCCCUCCUUCCCUGAGAGAGGCAGAAGACGGGAGGAAGAGGGAUCUGCCGCGUGUGCAGCGCGUCAACAGAAACAAGGACCUGCUGCAGAGACUAGUGAAAGUCUUUAUUCUCCGGAGGACUCUCAGCCAGGUUCAGGCGAGUUGGUCGCUGCCUUCCUUGAUCGAACUCGUUGUCUUUCUUCCUCUCACGCCACUGCAGAGACGCCUCUACUUCUGGCUUCUGACGAGAGAGCGAGAAGCCCUAGAGGGGGUCGAUGAACUCAGCUCUGCAUUUGACAAGGAACCGCAAGAACCACGGAGAGAAUCGAGUCGAGAACUCAGAGGCCUUCUUGACGACUCGAAGCGGGCAUCCAGUGCAGCGAAACAGAUCGUCGCUCACAUGAAAGGGUUGCAGAAUCUCUUUAUGCAGCUGCGGAAAUGUUGCAAUCAUCCGGCUCUGUUUCACCUCGGCGCCUCUUGUACAUCGGCUGUUUCUGUCGGAACUCGAGACAGUGAAGAGACGCGUUCGGAUUCUGUGGCAGAAGGCGACGACGCUGAAUCCUUGCUGCGCGAUUCGUCCAAGAUCGCGGCCGUUGACGCCAUUUUGAGUUUUUACCUUCCCAGGCAGGAGAAAGUGGUGGUGUUCAGCUUCUCCACCGCCAUGCUGGACCUCGUCGAGGACUAUCUUGACGAAAAAGGAAUUGUCUCAGCUCGCCUCGACGGACGCAUGGGCGACGGCGAGAGACGAGCAGCGAUCGCUGCCUUCUCCGCCCAACCUUCUGAGAACGCUCGACAGUCUCCCCAAGGCUCACAUGAAGCAUGUGCAGCGGUGUUUCUCGUCAGCGUCCGAGCUGGGGGCUACGGAUUGACUCUGUCGCACUGCGCUAGCGUCUGCGUGUUCCUUGAGGGUGGAGGCGACGGCAAUCCUCAGGUGGAGCGCCAAGCAAUCGCGAGGCUGUACAGACAGGGGCAGACAAAGAAGGUGAAAGUCAUUCGCUUGAUCACUCGAAGCACGGUUGAAGAAGUCCUGUACUGGCGGGGGCGACAGAAGUUGAAGCUGGUGGCGGACGUGCUGUCGGAGGACGAGAACGAUGAAGAGCCUGAAAGUCAGGGCAAGCGUUCCUUUCUUUCUGCAGCGAGCAUGAAGGAUCUGAUCACUUGUGGGUUGUCAUCUCUCGCGCCACGCGACGCAGCGAGUGAAACGAAGGCCGCGGAGGGGCAAAUGCGGAGUAGAUCUCCCGCUUCGUGGCAAACAGUGUCUCUCUCACCUCGAGAUGCCACUAGCCUGGAUGUGUCGCAGCUCUCGCGCCUGCUCGCCGAGGCGGAGUCCGCCGCCUCAGAAGCAUCGGAAAGGAGAGGCAAAGACCUCAGCGUGCUCAGAGGAGACACUCCAGCGCUACCAAACGGCGAACGCCAAGCAGACGAGGGGGGAGACCACCCGGGCACCGCGGCUGCCGCUGACCGCGAACGACAGGCGGAGGAAGAGAACGAAGAAAGCGUCGUGUGCGACCUGUCCGAGCGGAGAGUGGAGAAAACGGAGCGCGGAGACAGCGAGCUCGACAGCUUGCGCGAGGGAGAAAGCAGCAUCUACGUGUAUGAAGGGAAAGACUACGCAGGUGUGUUGAAGCAAGCGCUGAGCAGCAAAAAAGCGGAUCGGGAUGCACUUCAGAGAAUCCUCGAAGAAGCGCGCCGAGAAGAACGUGAAGCAGAGACUCAGGCCGUCGAACAAGAUGCCGCAGGAUCCCCUGGUGACGGGGCAGAAGGCCGUCGACCCAGUCGAGUGCGGCGAGCACCCUUGACUGCCGCGGAGCUCGCAGCGUUGCGAGAAGAUGCAGAACGAAGGCGAAAGGAAGCUCGGGAAGCGAAAUGGAGAGCAAAUGGCUAUGUGUCUAGGUCGCUACAGGGCGACAGCGUCUCGGAUGACUCAGAUUUGCCAGCAUCGAGAGACCUCACUGACAGGGAAGGAGAGCGAGAACAGACAGGCGACGAGGACACCCAAGAGCUCCUGCAUCGUUACUUCCAUCACCGAACCGGAGACGCUUCUCUCCCCAGAGAAAAUCCUCCUGGGGUCAUCGUUCACUUUGUCGAUGCAGCUGGCACGUGGUUGGAGGGUCGAGGUUUCUUCAGAGCCCUCGACAGACUGAGCGACAUUCCGAGAACACACUUGGUUCUGGCGAAGAAGAUGGGAGAUCUCCACUUGGGCGAUUGUCACCUGGUGCCGCUGAAUGCAUGCACGUUCGUGGCACUUUGUGUGUGUCUGAAGCGACACAAGCAACGCAUGAGUCUGAGUCUGCCGCUUCUGAGGCAAUCGCUUCAGCGGCUUCACAGCCGUGCCGCCGCCCUCGCUCUCUCUCUCCAUCUGCCGCGGUGCAUCGUCCCGCUGCCUGCAGACAUCGACAGAAACCCCCGAUCCCCGUCGCAAGACAACAGCUCGCGGGCAGUUGAGAAACUCGUUCGCGCUCUCUUCAGUCGCUAUCGACUCCACGUCUUCAUCUACCACUACAGAGAAGCAGAAGAAGGAGACGGCGCCAGAGCCGGGAGGCGAAGAGGACGCGGCGAAGCAGACGAAGACCGACGACCACGGAAACGCCGCGAGGCAGAGGCAGCACCCGAAACCUCGGACACCGCAGAAAGCUUAUCGUACGCGAUCACAGGCGGCGCGCUGCCUCCACGGAACCCCGAAAACGUUCAGAAGAAAACAGAGAAAACAUCCGGGGAGAGCAACCGAAGGAGCGACCGAGAGAGAAGAAACGGUGGCGAGAGAAGAAGCGAGAGGGGUGUGGACGAAACACAGGCGAGAGGAUGUGGAGGCUCCGGACUCGGGGGUGUAAGGAGCGCGGAAGUAUUCAAGGACAAUCGAGUUUGGCGCAGCACUCAGUCUCCUGGAAACGUUCCUGGACGGGAUGUGAAGCUUGAGGAAGAGGCUACAAAAUGUGUCAAGACAGAGAAACAGAGCCGCGCAGAGGGGGAAGCGCGUGCGGUUGGAAGUCAACAAAAAACGCAUGCAGAAGAUCUUGCUGAAGUGGCGAGGGCGAUGCGUUCCGAGAGUCAGAGCACCAGAGAGAAGGAGAAGAGGACAGGUGGAGCAAACGAGAAGGAGAAGAGGCCCGUGUCUCUGCUCGCAGCAAAUAAGCCGCCUUCGGUCUCGACUCCAGCAGCUUCACCUGCAACUGCGGCAAAGCCGAAGGCCGGGAUGGCACGCAAGACAGCUUGGAACGCGCUACGCAAACCUCCGCUACGGCAAGUCUCCAGUCCUUCCUCUCACGCUUGUCUCAACAUGCCAAAAGAAACGUUUUCCGCCGGUGAAAGCGACAGAAAACAAGUAUCGGCUUCUCCUUUCGUGGGCAGAGAGGUGAAGAUCGAGGAAAACGACGAAAGAAUAAGUGCUCAAGACUCGCAAACGCUACGAAGCUCAGCGUUGUCUUUUUCUCCAGCGUCGCUUUCCUCGUCUUCCUCUUCCUCAUCUUCCUCUUCUUCGUCGUCAUCUUCCUCUCCUAUCUCUCCUUCUACUUCCUCUUCUUCUCUUGCUUCAUCCUUUCCCUCAUCUUUUUCAACAUUCUCUUCUUCUCCGGCAUCUUGUCUGCCUCCCCACGACGAUGAUGCCUCGGCACUGUCAGCUCUAGGAGGUCGGCCAGGCUUCGCGAAAGUAAAGGAAGAAGUCGACGUCUGUUUGACAGGAAAUGUGAAUAAGGCAAGAGCAGCAGACCCAUCUGCUUCUCGAGACUGUCAAAACUUCGUCAAACCAGAAAAACCAGUGGGCACUCAGCCUUCUCUGGAGCAGGCUUUCGGUUUGAAGCAGCUGUCUGGAGAUCAUGUACAGCCUCACUCAGAAACAUCUCGAGAACGUGGAGUGGAAAACGUUGUCUUCCCUGCUGAUUCCGAUUCGCCUUGUCCGCCUGCGUCUUACGGGUCUGUACGUCUUCCGUCUUCCUCGUCCCAGAUGUCCUCUGCUUCAUUCCGAUCUUCCCCUCCCUCGUUUCCUUUGUCUUCGUCUUUCCAUGCGACUUCGGCUGUGCACGAGCGACCUCCGCCUGUCUCUGCGCAGGUGAAGAUUUGUGUUCCUCUUUGUCAAAAACCACCUCGCCAGCUCCCACCUGGGGAAGCCCGGCGCGGUUUGCAGGUGCAGAGAUUGUGCGCUUCGUUUCGGCCUCGCAUCGCUGCUGCAUCUCCUCACGGCAUUCCCGUCAAGAAGCGAGGACUCGCCGGCGUUGAUGUUUGGCUUCAUCCAUCGAUAACAGAAGAAAUUGCGCUGUAUUUCAUCGAGAAAGUCGUGAGUCUAGGUGGUCGAGCCAGACGAUGCCCCGCCGCGCCCGCAGACUGGUAUCAAGAAGCGAUUCUCGCUCUCCAUGAGACAGGACAUGCGACAGCAUCUUUGCCGACUCCCAUUCCAGUCUGUGAGCGCUCCCGCGCUUCUGGCGAGCUCGUGAGGAGCGAAGAAAGAGUCGAACGGCACAAGGAAUCGGCACCACAAGAGCCAUACAGAGCGACUGGCGAUCCCGGGAGUGCCGGACAAGCGAAAGCGAAACGCGUGAUGUACCUUGUUUUGCCUACCAAACUCCUUGAACAGGCUGCUAUCCACCACAGUCAGCGGCGGGACUUGGCAUACUGGGCGCUUCAAGUAGAAGACGCCUUGAGUCGAGAUCCAUUUAUUUCGUUUCUUCAACAGCAUGCACGCGGUGGAGCCGGUAGCGAUAUUUCUCAAAAGAACGGUGGCGGCAGAAUGCAGUACACUUGGAGCCUGCCGUGGACGCCAAUUCGAGGACCGGUGAGUCCGUUCGACGUCGACGAGAACACGGAAAGGGAUGAAAAUACUCUGCGCCAGGUCCUUGGUUUUUCCGUUGGUGAAUCAGACGAGGGUUCUCAGAGAACCUGCCCGAGAAUCGUCGUGGAAUUCACAGACUGGCUGGAAAGCCUCCUUUUCCACAAAGGUGUGAUAGAACCUAGCGAUUGGCGGGGUUUCCAGUUGUACGCCCACUCCGCAGCUGCCGCAGGUUGUCUUCCGACGUCUCUUGCGAACCUCUACUCGGUUGGACCUCAUCCUUUGUCAGUUGCCGUCGCAGUCAGCAUGCAACGCGCGCUGAGAAUUCCGACAGAGAACGAGGUGAUUCUCAAAGAAUGCGGAAAAUUCUCUUCGGGUGGUUUUUCAGACCAGACGGAAAAAACGUUCGACGUCGAUAUGGAGUCCGACACGGGUAUGUUGGAUGAGGGUGUGAGCGACGGGGUGCCGAGCAUAAUUCCUAUGAAAGCUGAACCAAGUCUUGGGUGAAACAGAAUUGGUCUGGAAACGAAAGUCAGUGGAAGAAGAGGGGCGUCAGGCUUGAGAAGCAGACACGGUCUACAGGCCUCAAGGGGAAGCCGCAGGAAACCGGUUUAACCUCUGGUGACAAAGGGCCCUUACUAUGUCUAGGGUUGUUUUCCGGUUUCUCUUUUGUUGCGUGCUCUAAAACGAACGAGCGGUUUUUUUUCGCUGCCACUAUCUUUAGUCGUCAGACAGUGGAAGUGGACGUAGAAAGCGCCGCCCAAUUCAAAUUGCCGCGUACUAUACUUUCCAUGAACAAAGGAGAUUCGUGAUGUCAUGGAAUUCCUCGGUAAAUGUGCGCCUCUGCCAAAGGAGCGGCCGACGAGAGCUGCAGUCACGUUCCGGGCUUCUGCUGCCGUGCAGUGGAUUCAGGUCCCUAGCUUCCGCGGCGUCCACUGUGUCUUCUAUGUCUUUAACAGCAGAGGGAAUUAGGCAGGACAGAGAGGAACAAGUUUAGUCUGAGAACACUGGUGCCGUUUCUCGUCACAUGUCCACUCUGGACUAAAGAGCGUUCGCUUUUUGAUGUCCCUAUGAGGAGUUCGCGCAC